CGGGUGUCGAUGCGGAAGUGGCGCAGUGCUCGUUUACCCCCAGCUGUGUUUUGUCGGUGUUCGUGUCCAGUCGUUUCCACUCCUCUGCAGUCGGAGCUGUCGUCGCGUUUCCGAUGGGAGCUCACGGGCUUCUGGGGAACCAGCCGGACUCCAUAGACUACUCGGUGCACGAAGCCUGGAACGAGGCCACAAACGUCUACCUGCUGGUCAUCCUGGUCAGCUUCGGCCUGCUCAUCUACGCCAGAAAAAACAAGAGGAAGAUCAUGCGGAUCUUCGCGCUGCCUCCCACCGCCGGCAGCAGCCCGGAGCCUAACUUCUACGACAGCCUGCAGAAGGUGCGGCUGCGGCAGCAGCUUGAGAUGUACUCUCUGGCUAGGAAGUUUGAGCAGCAGCAGCAGCCGGACAGUGUGCAGCUCUCCAUGGAAUGAGGAACAGAGGUUUCGGCCCCUUCCCGCGAGUUCUGGACACAGAUGGAGGUGGGCUUGGACUCCUGUCCGAAUCAGAGGUGGUGCGCGCCGUCGGGGGCAGACAGCUGGAUGGAUGACUAGACAUUAGCAGAGAUUGAAGGUGUGCUGCAUUUCUUCAGCCUGCAGCAGGGAGAGCGCCAAUAAAUGAAGGAGAGCGCAGAGGAUUUAACGGACGUGAAUGUUUUGUUUAUCGUUGAUGUUCGCACACAUUUAAACCAGUGGUUGUUAAGGAAGGGGAAAGUGGAAGUGUGUUGUUUAUUCAUGCAUAAAUCCCAGAUCAUGAUGCUGAUGUGACGUCGGAGGAUGAGCUCAAAGUCGUAAUGGGAGCGUUCACCGUCGAACGUGUUUGGUGACCCAACAGUGGACUGUCCUGGAGAGAUUCUCCACAUCUGCAUUUCAUUUUGAGACUUUUGGUUGUAAAGACAUUGUUCAUAUACACCAGGGGUGUCAAACUCCAGUCCUAACGGGCCAGUGUCCUGUAACUUUUAGAUGUUCCCCUGCUGCACCACCACUGAAUAGAAUAAGUCACUAUGGUUGUGGAGAUCUGAUCUACACAAGGAGGAGGUAAUCAAGUGAUUUCAUUUCAGUGUUUUGUACCUGUGGCACAUCUAAAAACUGCAGGACACCUGUGAUAUACACAGUCCCUAAAAAUGUGCUCAUCAGUCUCCCUACGAUAUAUUUGAGAUGGUGUGGACUCAAGUUUUAGAACAUUAAAGCUGUGAAGACAUUAAAUAUUACUCUGAUGUA